AAUACUGAGUUAAUAUUCGGAGAAGAUACCCGGAGUACCCACGUGCUCCCAUACAGUAAAAAAAGUAAUUGAAAAAAGACUGAAGAUGCCAAAAGAGAGAAGAGAGAGAUCAGGGCGGGUAGAGAGGGUUCAAAAAUGCCAGCAAGGAAUCAUGUUUGAAAAAGGAAAAGGACAACAUAUACUUAAAAACCCAUUAAUCAUCUCAUCUAUCGUUGAAAAGGCUGGCCUCAAUCCAUCAGAUACUGUUCUAGAAGUUGGUCCUGGAACGGGAAACAUGACCGUUAAGCUACUCGAUGCCGCUAAGAAAGUUAUUGCUUGUGAAGUUGAUACUAGAUUAGUUGCAGAGCUACAGAAAAGAGUGCAAGGAACUCCUCAGGCUAGUAAACUACAGGUGUUAGUUGGUGAUGUAUUAUCAAGAGACCUUCCAUUCUUCUCAGUCUGUGUUGCGAAUCUUCCUUAUCAAAUUUCUUCUCCGUUUGUUUUCAAGUUGUUACUCCAUCGUCCUUUAUUCAGAUGCGCAGUCUUGAUGUUUCAGCAGGAAUUUGCUCAGCGACUAGUAGCAAAACCAUCGGAUAAAUUAUACUGUAGAUUGUCGGUAAAUGUUCAGCUAUUGGCACGAGUGACUCAUUUGAUGAAGGUAGGGAAGAAUAAUUUCAAGCCUCCACCUCAAGUUGAAUCUUCUGUCGUCCGCAUAGAGCCUUUUAACCCGCCCCCACCAAUUAAUUACCAAGAGUGGGAUGGCUUAAUUCAGAUUGCUUUCCAAAGAAAAAACAGAAGUUUAUCAGCGACUUUUAAAAACAAGAAAGUUUUAGAGUUACUUAAUAAAAAUUAUCACAUCCAUGCUUCCUUGCAUUCUAAAGUGGUACCAGAUGACUUUAACAUCAAGUCUCACAUAUCAUCAAUACUUGAUGAGAGUGGUUUUUCCAGUAAAAGACCUAGGACCAUGUCAAUAGACGACUUCUUAGAAUUACUAGAACUUCUAAAUAGAAAUGGAUGUCACUUUUGUGGCUAAUUGGAUCAGGGCUGGCAUGCAGCAGUUAAACAUCCAUAAUGUGUUUUUUGCACUACUUAGCUCUUGUGGUACUUCUGGUCAAAGAUGUUGCAAUGGUUUGUUGGCUGCUGCUUACUGCAUCUUUUGGUAAUAACAAUUUAUUUUUAAAUUAUCAUUUUCGAAAUAAAUAAAUAAAUUAAUGUGAAUAAAUAAUAGAUAGGUUUUAAAGUGUUAUAAAUGAAUGAAAUGAAUAUAGAUAGGGCGGAUUUGUAAUUUGAAUAGAAUGUAGAGUGUAUGAAUUUUAAUAGAAUUUACUAAGAGUUGUAGCUAACCACAAGUGUUAUGAUGUGCCAUUCGAAAUCGAUGAUAAUGUCUCUAGCCUUUUAAUUCAAUGCAAUCAAGCUGUCGAGCUGUGAGUAGUAGUCAGGAUUGCUGGUGGGGAAAUGAGCCUCAAACCAUUCUCUCUCAGUGACACCAUUAGGUGACUGACAGUUGCAGUUGUUCUUGUAAUUGUGAAGGGUCUUCUUUGCAUAUCCCAUUAGGUUCUUGAGGUAGUAAUGGGCAUUAUAGAACAGGUUGUCGCAGGUGAUGUCAGCAGGUUGAAUGAGAGCUGGGAUGCUGCAGUCAGAGCUGCAGUUGCAUGCUUUGUCUUGCAGAACAUUGAGGUAGCUCUGCUCAACAGCAUCAAGGAGUGUCUGUGUAGUUGAGAGAAGAAGGAGGUCGCUUUCAUCCGAUACAGUGCUCUUGAUUGUUGCCAAAUAGUUAUUGAAGGAAGUGAAUAAAUUGUACCAGCCUGCAAUGUGAGAUAGAGUGAUGUCUGGGGAUGCAGUCUGCAUGAUUUCUAUUAAGAAAGACCUGUAAUUGAGUGGUAGAGUGCAGAGUUCUGUCCUCCUUGGUACUUGUCCGAGAUAUUUGUCCAAAACGUAAUGGGCAGAUUGUAUACCUUGCAAAUCUGUGUCGGUGGUUGCUGAAAGGGUGCAGUCAAUGCUAGUGAUUAUAGUUGAAUUAUUAGUGUCGUUUGAGCUAGAGUUAGUACUGCUGUCUUGUGAUGUGACUGGUAGCGACAGAGUGCCUUGCAAGAGGAAUAAGAUUGAAAAGAGUACUAGAGCAAUGGUGUUUAGUAGUGAAGACAUUUUAUGGUGAUUUAUCUUGAUUGCAGUCAGUGAUGUCUUUGUAAAUUUAAAACUUGUUGAGUUGUUACUAGGUGUUUUGCUUGCUUGGCUGAGUGAUGAUGGUCCUCUCACUUUUUCUCUCCAUUUAUAUCAAACCUCUGCCUCAGUAUCUAUGUGUAGUCCACACUUGCUUCCUUGUCCAUUUCCAAGGAUUCUUCGGAAGUGGCAAAGACUAUGUCAACUGGCCGCACUUGUCAUCCAUUUAGUAUUUAAAUGGUCUCCGAUGAAAGUUUGCUCCCUGCUGGGGAAACUAUGGCCGGUUCGGGGCUUGUAAGUGUCGCUCUAACAUCCAUAGUUAAAGGUUCAAGACAUUUGAGAAGCAUCUUGAUGACGUGAAGAGAUUGGUGAUCAUGAAGAUGGCGUUUGAAAGAGAGAGAGAGAAGAGCCUUUCCAGAAGAGUGCUAGCCAUGGCUCAAUGUGGAGUCUUCUCAGUUCCUACGAACUACAAGGACAACAACAUAGAUAUUACAGCAGACAUGCUGUUCGCUACAGUGAGUUGGAUUGGGCCUAGACCAAGGAUACUAUCUAUGCCCAGACCAACCAUUUCCCUGACCUCGAAACAGAAAAGCCCACUCCAAAAAUACUCCAUGAUUGUGUUUCUUUUCUGGCUGUACCUGGAAAAGGGGAUUACCCUCAAAUCGAGCCUGUCAUGUAAAAUGUAUGCAGAGUUUUGCAUAACAGUGCAGUGGCUAAUGAUCCGUGGACACUGUCAAAUAAAGUAUUGACUAUUUGGUUGCUAUGAUCACAUACUGUGUAUAGGUUUGGUUCUUCUCAUUCCCAUAAUUCCAGUAAACAUCUUGUUUACUGAAAUUAUGGGAAUGAGAUGAGACCAUCAAAAUGUCCCAAAAGAACAAAGGAAAA